ACUAACGAGAACCAAUCUUUCGCAGGUAAAGCGUUAGUAUCGGAGAUUGGUCGAUUGUCUCGAGUUUCAGCUAUGGUUUCAGCAAGUGUAUCGCCUGGCCCCUGCCGUCCAGUAAAGAAAUAGACGUUAGGUAAAGCUCUCUGUCAAGCUUCCUCAGUUUGUAUCUGAAGUUUUCUACCCAGAUUGAUUUGAAUUUUGUGUUUGUCGCAUGGAGUGUUAGUCAAGUGGAUACAUUUUAAAGUCUGACGUUAGCCACUCAUGCUAGUUAGCUACACGAAGAGUUUGUAGUAUCGUUAGCUUACAAGCUAGCCUGCUACCUGUGUUUCCGUUUAUGGGCUUCCAGCAGUCUAGCUAAGGAGUAACUUCAGUGGAGGUAAAAGGUCCAGUCAGGAGAGAGUCUGAACAUUUGAGAAACCAAGGCUACUGUGGUCAGCUCUCAGAACCCCUGCAGUUACACAACCCCAAUCUGAUGAUUCCUGGAUAAGCGAAUAAUUCAUGAACCUCUGGCCACUGCGGUUUGGACUCUGGGAUGGAAAACCGAGGUAAGCGCCGCACGCGUCCUGCACACGAUGAAGUCGACCAGCAGCACAGCACGACAGGCAGCGAUGGGGGGAACUCCGGCGACAGCACCGUGCCGACCAAGAGCAAGGGCAAGUUCUCCCACCUGGGCAACAUCUUCAAGCCCUGGAAGUGGAGGAAGAAGAAGAGCAGUGAGAAGUUCAAGGAGACCUCCGAAGUGCUGGAGAGGAAGAUCUCAAUGAGAAGGCCCCGACAGGAGCUGAUUGAGAGGGGCGUUCUGAAAGAGAUCCCUGAGAACGAAGCCAACAAUGGCAACCUCUCCAAGGGGCCACCACCCUACUCAGCCAAAAACGGGCACGCCGUGGGUGGUGAUCGGGACCGAGAUCGGGACGACCGCUCCUCGGUGCUCGGGGGUUCAGAACCAGCCCGCCUGAAUCCCACCUGGCUCCCGCAGGGUUCUGACGAGCGAAAGAGUAGCUUAGUCCCCGAGGCCGACCGGCGCAGCCGCGCUCCUUCCGACGCCGCCUCCGAGCGCAAGAGACGGGCGCCGCCGCCGCUGGAUGUGGACGCCCGCAUGCGCAUGCACGCCGACCAGGACCCGAGCAGCAAGAUGGCCGCCAACGGCGACGGGAGGAAGGAUGCCACGCUCCCCCGCGGAGGAGGGGGGCAGGAGGGGAGGAAGGAUGCCACGCUCCCCCGCGGAGGAGGGGGGCAGGAGGGGAGGAAGGAUGCCACGAUCCCCCGCGGAGGAGGGGGGCCGGAGGACGGGCGAACGAAAAGGGACGAAAGAAAAGACGACAGAAAAGACUGGAGAGACGAAAGGCGAGAUGAACGGAAGGACGACAGGAGAGAUGAUAGAAAGGACGAGAGAAGAGACUGGAGGGAUGAGCGAAAAGACGAGAAGAGAGACGAGCGGCGAGACGACAGAAGAGACGAGAGGAAAGAAUCGAGAGACGAACAAAGAAACGAGCGAGAUGACCGGGGAAGGAGGGACGACCGAGACGAGCGAGAUAAACGAGGCGACAGGAAAGACGAGCGAGACACCAGAGACACCAGAGACAGACGAGACCGCAGAGACGAGCGGAUAGAGAAAGAUGAGAGGGAGAGAAGAGACGGCAGAGGAGAAAGAGAGGACCGGGAGAGAGACCGAAGAGACGACCGAGACAGGAGAGAUGAACGAGAGAAAAGAGACGAGCCGCAGAAAAGAGAGGAGAGUGACCGAAAGGACAGGAGAGGAGACGAACGUGAGAAGAGAGAAGAGAGGGAUAGAAGAGACGAGCGAGAGAGGAGAGACGUGCGAAGGCCGUACUCUGAGAUGGAUGUGAGAACAGGCCUGCAGAAGAGCGCAUCAGAGGAGGGCCAGAAGCCAAGGCCUGCCUCAGAGGCCGACCGCAGGACCACGCUGCCUCGACACACACCCAUUGUUGAGGAGGGCAGGGGACGCACAGAGUCGCUGGGCGUGCGCUUCGCAGCCGAACCCGACCCCCGACCAGGACGGGACUCCCUGAAGGACCCUCCACCCCACCAACCCCCCAAACAGGCCAUGCUGCCCCCCAAGUGGUUGAUGUCGUCCACGGAGCAAACGGGAACCCCCCCUGGCUCCUCCUCCUCUUCCUCAUCCUCCACGUCCUCCGCGCCCCCCAUUGCUAAGCCCCCGCCUCGGACCGUGUCUCUGCUGGUCCCCAGCGACGCCCCUUCCCCAGUUCCUCCUCCCCACGGGGGCGAUCAGGACACCCCCCAUCCCUCCUCCGCUCCCGUGCCUGCGUCCGCCCCCCUCCCCACCCCCCACUUCAAACAGCCCCCGGUGCCCCCUCCAAAACCCACCAAUCGCAACAGCAACCCCGCCCUGCUAGCGGCCACUCUGAACAGACGCGCCAACAACCGGCCCCGCUGGACCAGCUGGCGCCGCCAGGGCGAGGGUGGAGUCUACCUGUCUCUGCCGGCCUACCUGUGCCGCCGGGGCAUGCCCCCGAACUCCGCAGCGGAAUUGUCUCAGGCUGCGGGCGGAGCCAACCUGCUGCACGUCAAGCGCUCCCCUCCCACUCCGCCCAAGAGGACCACGCCCGUCACCAAGCGCCACUACGAAGAGCAGCCCGCCUCAGCCAAUCAGGGCGAGAGCUCAUCCUCCGCCCCGCCCGCCUCUGUGCCCGUCCCCACGUCCUCCGCCACGGGCAGCGCUGAGGACGGUGCCAAGGCUGGCAUGGUUGCCGCGGCGUUCCAGCCUCCGUCUCCUCCGGCCUUCUCACCCCCUCCAGCCCACAUACCCCCGACUCCUAACCGCGUCCACCCCCAGCCGAAAGCUGCCCCCGCUGCUGCCCCCGCCCCUCAGGUGACUGUGACCGACCCCCCCAGCCCCACCACGGAGCCCCCCAGCCAACCGCCCCUCCCGCUUCACAUCCUGAUCCAGCGGGCUCUGGCCAGCCCCGGGCCGGCGGUGGCCAACCCGGACGGCUCCCAGCGCGCCCACUCGCUGCUCUUCGACAAACCCCCCGACAUCAUGCUGGAGGAGGGCAACCGCCACUCGCUGCCCAUCACCAUCGAGCCGCUCCGACUGCAGGAGGAUGAUGACUUCGACAUGGAGGAGGAGCUGCGUAAGGCGCGUUCAGCCGCGCGGCGCCCCCUACAGCCGGCCCUGGAGCCACGCAGCCGUCGGGGCCUGGUGGAGGACCCCCGCGUCUGCGUCAUCCCCGAGACCAGCGGCCCCGGAGACAGCGACGAAGAGGAGGAGGGGGACGAGAGAAUGUCCGAGGAGGAGGACGACAGCGACUCAGACGGACCCAUCCUCUACAGGGACGAUGAUGAAGAUGAGGACGAGGAUGUUCCCGUUAGUGGUCUUGCGGGCCGUGUGAAGCGUAAGGACACGCUGGCUCUGAAGCUAGAGCGGCAGCAGCAGCAGCUGCAGCAGCACGAGCAGCAGGACAAUGGCGUCUGGAAGAACCGCGAGCAGUGGGAGGCCAUCCGCAGCAAGAUCGGCUCUACACUCACACGGAGGCUGAGCCAACGGCCCACUGCUAACGAGCUGGAACAGAGGAACAUUCUUCCAGCCAUGAACGAGGAGGACCGUCGGGAAGAGAGGAGUGAGAUCAAACGCAGACUCACCAGAAAGCUGUCCCAGAGGCCAACAGUAGCAGAGCUGCAGACCAGGGCGAUCCUGCGCUUCAACGAGUACGUGGAGUGUACCGACGCCCACGACUACGACCGCCGUGCAGAUAAACCCUGGACCAAACUCACCCCCGCAGACAAGGCUGCCAUCAGGAAAGAGCUCAAUGACUUCAAGAGCCAGGAGAUGGAGGUUCACGAGGAGAGCAGGAUUUACACAAGGUUCCAUCGGCCAUAGAGCGUAAGGCAGCAUCACUGGAGGGUCCAGAGGCGUCCCGCCUCUUCACCCCUAACCCCUGACCCCUUGACCCUGGACCCACUGCCUCAAAGCCCACUGGGAUACGAGGGUCCUCCUCCUCACCGCCCACCCUCCUAGACAGAGACUAGAGACGAUGAUGAGGGGGAACAGAGACAAACCUGAAUUGGUGAAUCACACUUCACUCGGUGGACAUUCGUAAAGGACUUGACAUCCCAGCCAGGGAUAGAA